ACCUCCCUGCAGUGCUUCAUUCAGCAAGAUAGCUUUUGGAUUUGAAAGUUAAGUGCGGGGAGGCGGGCUGAAGCAUUAGGUGUACCUGCAGAGGCAGUGUGAAACUGGAGAAGAUGAGGGCGAUAUCUUAGCUGUGGACAUGUGAUAAGCAGGGGGAAUACAAAGGGAAAGGCUAUGCAACCGGACAAGUGACACCUCUCUCCAGGCUGGCCUAAUGCAUGAAUGUACCCCUUGUAUGUGCUGGACCAUGGCAGGCAAGCAAAGAAGGCACUGGAGGUCCAUGUGCAAAAGUGUGGUUCUUGGUGUCCUGGUGACCAGCUGCAUGAUGCUGCUUUACUGUCUGUCCACGCCACAGGUCCCCCUGAAUAUGCCUGAAGUUCCAGUGCCUUACUCCUGCGCCCACCGUCCAUCCCAGCCAGCCAGCACAGGGAGGAUUUGCACCCCCCAAGUGGACAUCAUGUUCAUGAAGACCCAUAAGUCAGCCAGCAGUACUUUCCUCAACAUCCUUUUCCGCUUUGGAGAAAAACAUCGACUCAGGUUUGCCUUCCCUGAUGGCAGGAAUGACUUUUUCUAUCCCGCAUUUUUCCAGCGCUCUCACGUCAAAGACUACAAACCCGGAAUGUGCUUCAAUAUCAUCUGUAAUCACAUGCGCUUCAAUGCAGGCGAAGUGGCCAAGCUGCUCCCUCUUGAUACCUCCUAUAUCACCAUUCUCAGAGAUCCUGUUGAGCUUUUUGAGUCCUCCUUCCACUACUUUAGUCGUCUGGUGCCUUUCACAUGGAGGAUACCAGGAGAUGACAAACUGGCUGAGUUCCUCCAUGACCCACACUACUACUUUGAUGCAGAGGGCUUUAACUCGUUCUACCUCAAGAACCUGCUGUUCUUUGACUUUGGACAGGACAACAUGCUGGAGCUGGAUGAUCCGUUAGUAGAUGAGGGAAUCAGAUCCAUCUCCGAACGUUUCCAGCUGGUCAUGUUGAAGGAAUACUUUGAGGAAUCUCUCAUCCUUCUCAAAGAUGCCCUCUGUUGGGAGAUGGAGGAUCUCCUCUUCUUCAAGCUCAACACCCGCAAGGGUUCAACAGUAUCCAAACUGACACCCUACCUGAGGGCUCGGGCCCUCGAGUGGAAUGCUCUUGACUGGAAAUUGUACCAGCAUUUCAACAAGACCUUCUGGAAGAAAGUGGAUGUGUAUGGACGGCAGCGCAUGGUGGAGGAUGUGGCAAAGCUCAGACAGAGGAACGCAGAGAUGGCGGCCAUCUGCAUCGAAGAGGGUCAUGCUGUUGAUGCCAGCAGCAUCCAGCAGACAGACAUGCAGCCCUGGCAGCCCAUCGGAGAAAAAUCCAUCAUGGGUUACAACCUGAAAAAGAACAUUGAUGAGGCCCAUAUGAAGCUGUGCCGUAAGAUGUUGAUGCCGGAGCUUCAGUACUUGACUGAAUUUGGUGUCAGCCUGUGGAUCACCAAACUGUGGGGCCACAUCAGAUACAUCAUCAACUGGUGAUGACGCAUGUGAACACGUGAGGGCACACUGGCAUGGACAGCAUGAAGGAAGAGUGACUGAAAGGAUUUACAGUCCACAUCUUAAUCAUGUGACCAUUGUUUGAGGAUGGUUUUGCUUGCUUUACAUUCAGAAUAUACACUGUUAUGAUUCUGAUAGGUGCUUUAAAGAAACAUUGCACAAUCUACAAAUACUGAACUAUUUAAGUGAGUUCUGGCACUGUUUGUGAGUAUGUAAUUUAAAUAGUAAAUAUCCAUGACAUUCUGGAGGAAGCAAUAACAUUUAAGAAUGGAAUAAAAUGUUCUGUUUAUAGACAAAACGAAUAAAAUACCACAGCAAUGAGAGCAUAUAUGGAGAUGACAAAAUAAUGCAGUGAUGCAAAUCAUUGCAAAAGCAGCCAUGAUUCCAGUGACAAUUUUCACUUUUCUUCUAUUAUUCAUUUCACUGUGAAUUUAUGUUACAAAGCAAUGCUAAAAAUGUGUAAGUUCUACAAAAGGUAUACACUAUAUAGACAAGUAUUGACCAUGUGAAUGUUUUAUUUGUUAUGUGUUUUAAGUUUCAUGGCGAUUUGACACAAUAACCAAAUGGAUCAAACACAACCCAUAUGUGCAGCUAUUAACAAUUAUGUCUAUGUUUUUAUUCAUGAUACAUUAUAGUCAUGAUUGAUGAUCAUUUUAAUCAUUGUAUAGUUUAUUAUUGUUAUACUGUAGAUCUUAUAAGUUCCCACAUUUGUGCUAAAAAAAUUUAAUUUGGACAUUUUCUUGCCAUUGACUAAUUUUAUUGCUUGUCCUCUCUCCUAAUUA